AUGAGGGAGGUCAAUUUUAGCAUCCCCAACGUCAACAAGGCGUCGGUGGGCAUCACGACGGCCCUCUACGACCGCCGUGCCCUCGAUUGCACGUCGACGUUGCCGCUCAUCAAUUCGCUCAACCACCUCGCCUAUCUCACAACGUCGUCGGCCCGGAUACGGGACAUCCUGACCGUCGAUGGCGGCAUCGAGCGCCUGGUCUGCAUCCUCAAGCAGGGCCGCAGCCGAGACAUGAUGGACAUGUGGAAGUGGAACCUGGCCUUUCAGUGCGUUGUCAACAUUGGCGUGCGCGGCACUGAGGCGGUGCGGACGAGAGUGGUCGAGGCCGACAUGGUGCCAGUCAUUGCCACCAUUCUCGACAACUACAUCAAGGUGAUCGAGAAAUGCCGCGAGCGAGCCGAGGAGGCCAAGCAGCGACAGGCCCGUGACCACCAGGGCCAUCACCGCGUCAAGGACCUGCGGAUCGGCAGCAAGUCCUCAUCCUUUGCCAAUCGAGCCAGCAGCGGCCGCUUCGAGAUCGACCAGCACCGCGCCUUCCGUCGCCAGGCCCCGCCGCCGUCCAUUGACGUGUCGGCUGCCCUGGUCGGCCUCUCCGUCCCGGCUCCUGUCGACCCAACCGUGCCGGGACCCAGCUCCAGCACUGUUUUGUCAGCAGACAACGGCAGCACCGCUAGCAGCAACGCGAGCAGCGCUAGCAACGCCGAUAAUGACGCCACGCCUACCAUGUCUCAGUUCCAUAUCACAUCGCCUCCGGUGCCCAUUCCUGUGCCAACUGCUCUCCUGUCUGGCCAGAUGGCCCUGGGCUCGCCGUCUUCGCACUCGUCGCAUACCCAGAUGACCGACCGUGCUCCCAUUCCCAUCCUUCCUCGCCAGAACCAGCAGCACAGCCAUCACCAUCAUCACCAUCAUCAUCAUGCCACCAGCGCUCCGGGCCCUUCGACCAGCUCCCUGUCGACGUCGUUGCCCUCGUCGUCCGCAGCCAUGGAUGAGGCCGUGUUAGCCUCUGCUACUGCUGCCUCCAACGCUGUCAAUGCGUCGACGAGACACACCAUCUCCUCGCCUUUCCAGAACGGCAUCCAGCCGCUGGCUUCCGUCGUGUCAGCCACUGCCGAGAAUGGCGGCGAGCAGGCGUAUGCCCGGACGAUCCGCGACGCCGACCGCUUUGCGGCGCGCCUGGGACUCACCGUCACGUCGCAGCCCGCCUCGCCGACCACGCCGCUGCCACCGCCGCAGCUCCGGUCGCCGACCGUCCGACCAACGUCGCUGCUCGCCCCGACGGGCCGGUCUCGCAGACGUCCGUCCAUCCGGCACCAGAGCUCGACGACGUCUGGCGAAGCUGACGACAUCAACGCGGAGAGCGUGCAGUCGGACGAGACACCAGACACGGACAUGUCGGGCACCGGCAACAUCCAGCCGGCGGUGGACAUCCAGGACAUCGCCAUGGAGGAGUCGGAGAGCAUCCUGGGCGCGACAGGCAUCGAGCUGACCACGCCGACGGUCUCGGAGACGCAGGAAACUGGCACGUUCAACAUCACACACCGUGCGCCCAUCGACGGCGGCAGCAUCAUCAACGCACCGACAACGACGACGACGCCGGUGCCGGCAAUCGGGCUCUCGCCGAACCGACCGGCCAUGGCGGCGGCGCAGCAGCCGAUCAUGCCGAACGCGAGCGUACCGCGCUACCUUGUGGAGCGACAGCUGACGGCUAACCCGUACAUCAUCGCGGCCAUGCCGCGGGAAGAAGACGUGCUGAUGUCGCUGCAGCUGCUCGCGUACGUGUCCAAGUACUGCAACCUGCGGACAUACUUCCAGAAGAGCCACUUGGUGCCUCGGCUUAAGAUCGGCAAGGAGCUCCAGCUGCUGGACGGCGACGAUCUGUCGAGCAUAGACUCGGUGGGCUUCGCGGCGCUGAUGGACGAGGACGACGACCAGGAGGAGGAGGAGGAAGAAUACCUGCUGCCCAACGACCUGAACAUCUUCCCACUAGUGGAGAAGUUUACGGUGCGCUACCACAGCACCGACAUGCAGUACUGGGCGGGCGUGGUGAUGCGGAACCUGUGCCGCAAGGACGACACCCGGGGCGGCAUCCGCCAGUGUGCCUACUACCAGUGCGGGAAGUGGGAGGAGUUCACGCGGCAGUUUGCCAAGUGCCGCCGCUGCCGGAGGACAAAGUACUGCAGCAAGGAGUGCCAGAAGAGUGCGUGGGCCUUCCACCGUCACUGGUGUGUUGCCGCGUCGCAGUAG